AUGUCUGAUUUUGGGUAUCGAGACGGUCAUUUAAAAUGGAAUAAGACUACAUUCCGGAUUCUUCUUUUUCCUAGUGCAAGUGCAACAGGGGCAGCUAGAGCGAUGACGACGGUGCAGGAGCUUGCUGGAGCCCUCGGCACACCCGACGUGCCCGAGCUGUACGUCGUGCGCACGCACAAGGACCAACAGCUCUCUGCGACGGUUGUAGCACCGAUCCCUGUCAUCGACCACGGCCGCCUUCUAAAUAAGGACGACAGCGCCGACGAAACCAAGAAGCUCCGGUCAGCGAUCGAGUCCUGGGGCCUCUUCAUGGUCAGUAACCACGGCGUAGACGCCGAGGUUAUAGACAGCAUGAGAGUCGCGUCGAAAGAGUUUUUCCGACAGCCGCUGGAAGAGAAGCAAAGAUACAGUAACUUGAACUGCGACGAGCAGUUCCAGUCCGAGGGGUACGGGAACGACCGGGUGAGCUCGCCGGACCAGACCCGGGACUGGACUGACCGCCUCUACCUCAAGGUGGAGCCGGAGGACGAGCGAUGUAUGGCCCUCUGGCCAGCCCAUCCCAAAAACUUCAGGGAUAUUCUGCACGAGUUCACCAAGAAUUGUGGGCAGUUGAAGGAUGAUCUGCUUCGGGCAAUGGCGAAGCUGCUCGAGCUUGACGACGAGGACUACUUCGUGGACCAGCUUGGGAAGAAGGCUCUUACAAACGCUAGAUGCAGCUACUACCCACAGUGUCCCAGGCCAGACCUCGUCUUCGGUCUCAAACCCCACUCCGAUGGAACCGUUGUUACCGUCCUAAUGGCAGAUGACAAUGUCGGUGGCCUGCAAGUUCUCAGAGAUGGAGUUUGGUGGGACGUACCAAUCGUACCACACACACUGUUGAUCCUUAUAGGAGAUCAAAUUGAGAUAAUGAGCAAUGGAAUAUUUAAGAGCCCUGUCCAUAGGGUCAUCACAAAUACAAAGAAAGAAAGGCUAUCAGUGGCUCUAGACUACUCUGUUGAUCCUGAGAGAGAAAUCGAGCCAUCGCCUCAGUUGGUCAAUCAAAAGAGACCAGCGUUGUACAGAAAAGUGAAGGUCAAGGACUACAUUGCCACUUAUUACAAUCAUUUUUUUGAAGGGAAAAUGGUUAUCGAUACGAUCAAGAUAUGA